AUGAGUCUUUUAGAAAGACGACAACAAUUUCAUUUUGAUAUUAUGUCAAAAGUAAUUUAUUUUAUCGUAUUUAUACUAUCCCAUACACUUAUUAUUGAUGGACAACAUGUUCAAACAAUGCCCCAUCAAUAUGCAUGCACAUCAUCAAGUCUUACUCUUCGUUGUCCAACUGGUUAUAUUAUUGUUGUUACAAGCGCUGAAUAUGGUGUUGCGAAAGUCGAUGGUUCAUGUAUCUAUACAUCAGGUGAUUGUCUUGCUGAUGCUAUGAGUAUAGUAAGCUGUAUAGGUGAUUCUGUUACAUGUAGUAUAUAUGCAACAAAAAAGCAACUACCAGAAUGUAAUAAUCAAUAUGGUAGCUAUAUUCAUAUUGAAUAUGAUUGUGUUCCAAUAUCAAUAAAUGAUUCAGCAAAAGAAUAUAAUGUAUGUCAACAAAAUAGUACAGAUAUAACAAGUGAUCAUGGAAUAUUGAAAAGUCCUGGUUCUCCAUCACAAUUUCAACUUACAAUAUUUGAAUGUUUUCGUGCUAUACAUGUACCAGAUAAUAAAAUAGUUCGUUUAUGGUUAACUGAUUUAUAUGUUAGUUCAGCAGAGAGCAAUUGUCCUAACGAUCAUGUAUAUGUUGUUGAUAAUGUUCAAACACUUCGACAUUGUGGUACUAAACGAUAUGCUUAUCCAUAUUUAUGUUCAUCGACUAUUCUUAUUCAAUACAAGACUACGACGCAAAGUUCAUUUUAUCGUGGAAUGAGAAUGUAUUUUGAAAUAGUUGAUCGAUCACCAAAUGAUAAUUGUCCAAAUGGAUCAGUAACACCUGCACCAGUUACAACAACUAUCCCAACGGAUGUAACAACAGCUGUACCUGUUUAUGUUGUACUUGGUAUUGCAUCUCCACUUCGAAGUUUUCAAAUUCGUAAAGGUGAAUCACAUACACUUCAAUGUCCAGCUAAUUAUGUUGUAGCUGUAAGAACAAAUAUAUAUGGUGUUACUCCAACGGAUCAAUGUGAAGAUCAUGAUGCAAGUAAACAUUGUGUUCUUGCAAUAGAUCCAACAUUUUAUUGUCUACAAAGUUGUACAUAUAUGUAUACAGGUAAUCGAGUUAUUCCAUCAUGUAGUAAUAAAAUUGCUGCUUAUCGAUAUGUUGAAUAUCAAUGUAUACCAUUAAAUACUGAACUUGUUUCGCCAAAUACAACAUGUCCAGCUGAUGGUUCAAAAUUUCCUAUACAAAUCGAUAGUCGAGGUCGUUUUCAAAGUUAUAGAUAUGAUAGUCCUAUUUUAAGAAAAAUGAAUUGCACAUAUCGAUUAAAAACAAAACCUGGUAACAUUAUGCAUAUUUAUGCACUUGGUAUUAGUUUAACUGAUUAUUCAUCAGAUUGUACAAAAAAUAAAAUAUCAUUUAUUGAAGAUGGUGAAACUGCAGGUGCAGAUUUUUGUGUAGAACGAUCAUAUAGAUUGAUUUAUUCAACUUGUUCAAAUGAAAUUGAUAUGCGUUAUAUUGUUACAGAUGAUAUUAUGUAUUCCUCAAAUGGUGCUGAACUAUAUAUUGAAAGUCAAGCACGUCCAUCAGACUGGCCUUGCGGUAAACCUUUACCAACAACACCAUUUGUAACACCAACAGCAGCAUCUUUAACAAAUGAAACAUCUAUGUUUGCACGUGAUGAACUUGAAACUGAUAUUUGUUUUAAAGGUACAUCAACUUAUACAUGUCCAUUUGGUUAUACAUUUAUUAUGAUUGAUGCUUUCUAUGGUGUUAAAAAACAAUCAUCAAAUAAAUGUGGAUUUGUUCAAGGAGACUGUGUACACGAUGCAUUACCAUCUUUAACAAUAUGUCGAAAUGAUGCAGCAAGUUGUUAUAUGUCAUAUCCAACACAACGUCGUCUUACUCAAUGUUCAGAUAAUUAUGCUGAUUAUCUACAUAUAACACAUCAAUGUGUACCAAGUCAACCAGUUGGAACUCCACCACCUAUAACCAUGUAUGAUAUUUGUGAUACAAAUGCUCCUAUUGCAAAUGUUAACGGAGUUGUUACUAGUCCAAAUUUUCCAACUUAUAAACAAACAAAUACUGAAUGUAAAAGAUCACUCGUAGGUAUGACAGAUAGAGUUUUAAAAAUUUGGAUUAAUGAAAUGGCUGUAUCAAGUGAUGGUGUACGUAGUUUAACUGAAGAAUCAGAUGAACCUGAUUUAAUUAUCUAUAAAAAUUAUGACACAAAAAAUUUAAAUGAUUUCGAAAAAUUAAAUCCAUCAAUUCGUGAUGUUUGUAUAGAAGAUUAUUUAAUAAUAAAUGCUCCACAUGUAGCUUAUGUUUAUUGUGGUACUCGUAAAUUUGCUAUGGCACCUAUUUGUGCAGACAAUAUAGAUAUUCAAUAUAAAACAACAUCAGCAUCAAAUCUUGUUUAUAAAGGUUUUAAAUUAUAUUUUGAAUGGGUUCAUAAACCAAUGAAUAUACUUUGUGAUAAUACUCCAUUGCCAUCAACAACAACACCUACUAAUGAAGUAAUACCAAGUUGGGCACAAAAUUUACAACUUUCUCCUAUACUUUCUGUACAAAUAUGUCUUGGGACAGCACAUACAUUACGAUGUCCUCGUGGAUCUGAUUAUGUUCUUUCUAUAGUUUCAUCAAGUUAUGUUGUGACAGGUACAGGUUUAUGUGAAAUUCCAGCAUCAAAUCAUUGCCAUCAAGAAGCAUCACUUGGUUUAACAUGUACACAUUCAUGUUUUAUUGAAUAUAUUAUUCCAAGACCACUUACACAAUGUAAUGCACAAAAUGCUGAUUAUAUCAGUAUAGAUUAUCAAUGUAUUCCUACACGUUUACCAAAUUCUGAAAAUCCAAUUGAUAUAUGUGCAUCAACAACAACAGAUACAAUUGCAAUUAAUUCGGGUAUAAUGAUUAGUCCACAAUAUCCAAUAUUAGGUGCUGCACAUACUUGUUCAAAAAAAAUUGAAACAUUACCAAAUAAAUUAUGGAUGGUUUUUAUUGUUGAUUUAUUUUUGGAAGGAGGAAGUACUAUUGCCGAUACUUGUGAUGCAGCAUCACUAAAUAUUUAUGAUGGAAAUGAUAGAAUUAUUCGUUGUGGUUUACAACAACCUGAAUUAGUUUUAGUUAGUUGUUCAAAUACAGUUGAAUUUAAAUUUGUUUCAACUCAUCAAGCACUUGGUUAUCGUGGUUUUAAAAUAUUUUUUCAAACAAUUGAUGUACCUAGUAAUUGGGUAUGUAAACCAAGUGGUUUUACAACUCCAGCAACUCAACCAACAACUCGACCUCCAACAACAUCAAGUGCACUACCACCUAGUUUUCAAAUUGCUGCUUAUGGUGGAACAACAAAUAAUACACGUCAAUAUUGUAAAUUUCCAUUUAUAUAUCAAGGCAAUCAACAAGUAUCUUGUCUUAGAACAGAUCCACCAAGUUCACUAUCAGGUCAAACACUUAGAGAACCAUGGUGUUCAUUAACAAGUAAUUUUGAUAUUGACCGUCAAUGGGGAUUUUGUAACAUAGGUGUUACUGAUUCAACAUUUUAUGAUAUAUGUCGUAGUCAAUCACAAUCACUUCGAUGUCCACCUGGUUAUAUUAUUAAUGUAAUAACUGCUGAUUAUGCAGCUAAACCUGAUGGAAAUAUCGGUGCAGGUGCAUGUAUGUAUGAUAAAAAUGAUUGUUUUCAAAGUGAUUCAAUAACAAUUCAAACAAUGUGUGCUGGUCAAACAUCAUGUACAGCAUAUCAUUUGGGUAAAACUUUAGCAUCAUGUCAAAAUCGACCCUCCGCUUAUUUACAUAUUGAUUAUACAUGUGUACCUAAUGAUAUUUCAGAAAUAAGAACAUAUGAUAUGUGUAAUAAUAAUUCAUUACCACAAGGUGAUACUCGUCGUGGAUUUAUUGUAUCACCAAAUUUUCCAAAUACACAAAAAAAUCUUGAUUGUACAUUUAAUUUACAAACAUUAAAACCAUAUCAAGAUAUUUACCUGUAUAUAAUCGAUAUGGAUUUAGAUAGUGCAACUUUUGCUCCAGCAACAUGUAUCAAAGAUCGAUUAAUUGUUACAGCUAAUAAUACUGUUAUGGAAAUGUGUGGUAGAUCAUAUACAAAGUUUUUACUUCAUACUUGUCAUUCAUCUGUAUCAUUUCAAUUAAUUCGGGCAUCUGAUGCUAAAGGACGUGGUGUUAAAUUUUAUUUCGAAUUUCGUGAAAGACCUCCAACUGAAGUUUGUCCUGUAUUAUAUACAACUACUGUACGUCCAUCAACAGAAUCUACAUCAAUCCAUACUUCAUCUUCACCCACUUUAUCAUCAUCUAGUAAUCAAAGCUAUUAUUACUGA